AUGCCAGGAGCAGGUGUAGUGAUACUAACGGUGGCCUUAGGGUCGCUGCUACUUGGCGCUACCGUUAGUUUAGCGCAGAGCAAUGAUGCCCACUAUAAGUUCGUGACCACGCAGCUUCCAGAUGUGUCGGUGAGGCCAACAUUGGCCAACGGUCAGAUCGGGUUCGUGGUCUACGAUGGACACGUCCAUCUGAACGGAGUGUACAAUGGCGAGGGAGGACAAUCGCACCGUGCUCGGGUGCGCAACUUCGGAAACAUCCAGCUGUACGAUUGCUCACCCACGAAUGGUACACCACAGCCUGGUUACUGCAAUUACCAGCUGGACAUGCGGGAAGGAAAAUUUGUGACCGUUGGCGAAAGUUCCACUCUCGGCUAUCGGGUGGACCAUGAGGUGUAUCCACAUCGAUUUUAUGACUCGGUGCUAGUGAAUCGUUUCCGAGUGCAGCGAUUGAAUUCGCAGAGCACUAUACAGGUGCGGAUCCAGCAGAUCCCUGGCAUGGACAGUGGUGACUUUGCGCUGGAGUCCACGAACGAGUUCGUCAUGUCGAACGUGGUCUAUAGGCAGGAGUGCAGCCGUACAGUGAAGAUGGAACAAUCGACCGUCCAAACGUAUGGUCAAACCGUGUGCGUGACGUUCCAGUCGAUCCCGGAAUACUUGGAAAUUACGCCGGAUACUAUGGCGAAGGAGUUCGUCUUUUACACCGUAUUCAGCAUGGUAGCUCAGCACGGUGUCCGGCAGAUAGAGAUAUUGGCCGGACUAGUUGCUGGUGAAGAGCACGCACUGCACGUGAAAGAAAUGGAUCUUCUGUGGGAUCGCUAUGGUAUCACGGUGGAGGCUAACGAAGACCUUGACCGAGCUAUUAAGGCGAGCGCUUUCUACCUGUUCAGCUCGCUUCCGGCGCACAAUGUCGAUAACAACGUUGCCCGAUUGCCCUUCUAUGGGCUUGCUCCCGCCGGUUUAGGUCGCGGCGGUGAAGUAGAGCGUGAAUACCAAGGACACAGCUUCUGGGAUACCGAAAUCUGGAUGUACCCAUCGAUCCUGCUGAUGGAUCCGAUCAACGCUCUGAAAGUGUUACAGUACCGAUCGGUAGUGGCUGAUGGAGCGCGCCUCAAUGCCGUGAAGAACGGGUUCGAAGGUGUUCAGUUUCCCUGGGAGUCGGCUUUUACCGGCACAGAGGUAACGCCUGAGUGCUGCCCCGAGGUUGUAGAAUAUCAGCAUCACAUCACGGCGGACAUUGCGUUCGCCAUUCGGCAAUACUUCUACACGACUGGCGAUACCGACUGGUUCGGUGCUGAUGCUUGCGAGAUGGUACUCGAAACGGCACGGUUUUGGCGUAGCCGUGCGCGUUACAAUAACGGUACCGAUCUGUACGACAUUCGCAAUGCGAUGGGCCCGGACGAGGACCAUCACGAUGUAACCAACAAUGCGUUCACGAAUGUGAUGGCAGCCCACAAUCUGUUUCUGGGCGAGUUUGCCAGUUGCUUCUGUUCGCAACACGCCCAGUCCACAGACGAGGGUAAAGAUUUCUUGAGAAUCGGACGAGGUAUGACAUUGCUAUACGACGCCCAAGGAGAUUUUCAUCCACAGUACGACGGCUACGUAGACGGUACGCUCAUCAAACAGGCCGACACGGUGCUGUUGAUCUAUCCGCUACAGUAUCCCAUGAAUGAGGCGACGAAGGCGAACAAUCUGCGCAAAUACUCACAAGUUACUCGGGAAAAUGGACCAGCCAUGACCUGGGCCAUCCACACGAUCGGUCAUCUGGAGCUGGGCCAAGAACAGGAAGCGAGGUCCAUGUUCGAGAAGAGUUACAAGCAAUAUCUGCGUGCUCCGUUCAACGUUUGGAGCGAAAAUGGUAACAACGAAGCGGGUGCCGGUAAUUUCAUAACCGGUGCCGGAGGAUUCCUACAGACCCUCAUCAAUGGCUACGCGGGUGUACGACUGCAUCAGGAUCGGUUAGAAAUUCGAAAUGUACGUCCGCCACCGGAAUCGAACGUCCUAUACCUACCGACAAUCGAGUACCGAAAGGUGCUCUUCUCUCUGACGAUCCGAUCAAACAACAUCGUUAUCAAGUUCAAAACGGCCGGCCAUACCGGAGUGAGGUUGGUUAUCAAUAAUGCGGAAGCGGACAUAUGCUUAAACUGUGAAUAUUCGGCAAUGGAGUUGACCAUUCAACAGACCGCGAAUCAAGAAUUUAAUGGGUGUAGUCUGCGACCGACCACACUAGGCAUUAAGGUAGCCGACCAAACUGACGGUGCCGCAGUGCUACAGAGUACAUCGGUGGCUUUCGCGUCACUUAUUCUAAGUUACCUCCUAAGCAAAAUGUUUUAG